AUGGAGCCCUUCCUCAGGAGGCGCCUGGCCUUCCUGGCCUUCUUCUGGGACAGGAUCUGGCCGGCGGGCGAGCCGGGCCCCGGCCCUGGCGACCCCCCCGCGCUGGAGCCGCCGCUCGAGGAGGAGCCGCAGGACCAGGACGGCGCCUGCUUGGAGGCGCGCCCGCUCCCGGGGCCGCCCGGCGCCCCGCCCGUGGCCGAGGGCCGCCCCGACGCGCUCCCAGACCGACCCUGGUUCUUCAGCAGCAUCAGCAGGACGCAGGCCCAGCAGCUGCUUCUGUCCACCGCCAACGCGCCGGGGGCGUUCCUCGUCCGGCCCAGCGAGAGCAGCCAAGGCGACUACUCCCUGUCAGUGCGGGCCCCGGCCAAGGUCUGCCACUACCGGAUCUCCACGGCGGCAGAUGGCGGCCUCUACCUGCAGAAGGGCCGCCUCUUCCCGGGCCUGGAGGAGCUGCUCGCCUACUACAAGGUCAACUGGAAGCUGAUCCAGAACCCGCUGCUGCAGCCCUGCGCACCCCAGGUGCCCCCGGAGCAGGAUGCUUGGGAGCGGCCGCGCUCCGAGUUUGCGCUGAGCAGGAAGCUGGGCCGAGGCUACUUCGGGGAGGUGUGGGAAGGUCUGUGGCUGGGCGCCCUGCCCGUGGCCGUCAAGGUCAUCAAGUCAGCCGACAUGAAGCUCACUGACCUGGCCAAGGAGAUCCAGACGCUCAAGAGCCUGCGGCACGAGCGCCUGAUCCGGCUGCACGCCGUGUGCUCCGCGGGCGAGCCCGUGCUCAUCGUCACGGAGCUCAUGCGCAAGGGCAGCCUGCAGGCCUACCUGGGCAGCCCCGAGGGCCGGGCCCUGAGUCUGCCCCAGCUGCUGAGCUUCGCCAACCAGGUGGCCGAGGGCAUGAGCUACCUGGAGGCCCGGCGCAUCGUGCACCGUGACCUGGCUGCCAGGAACGUGCUGGUGGGGGACGACCUGGCCUGCAAGGUGGCCGACUUCGGCCUGGCCCGGCUGCUCAAGGACGACGUCUACUCCCCGAGCAGCGGCUCCAAGAUCCCCAUCAAGUGGACGGCACCCGAGGCCGCCAGCUACCGCGUGUACUCGCAGAAGUCGGACGUGUGGUCCUUCGGCGUCCUGCUCUACGAGGUCUUCACCUACGGCCAGUGCCCCUACCAAGGAAUGAGCAACCAUGAGACCCUGCGGCAGGUGGUGAGGGGCUACCGGCUGCCGCGUCCGCCUGCCUGCCCCACCGAGGUCUACGGGCUCAUGCUGGGGUGCUGGAAGGGCAGCCCCGAGGAGCGGCCAGCCUUCGUGGCCCUGCAGGAGAAGCUGGGUGCCAUCUGCCGACGCCUGCACCCCACUCCCACGUGACCCGGCCGGCAGCGGCCAGCGCUUCCCUGGGCGGCUGCCAGGACGAG